AUGUCGGUAAAAAGGUUCAGCUGGAUUUUGACACACAUUCACAUCAAUGACAACGCUGUUAUGCUUUCAAGGGAGAGCAGAAAUUAUGACAAAUUAUAUAAAAUCCGUCCACUAAUCGAUCAGAUACUGAUUAACUUCCAAGAAUUCUAUGCACCUACUAAGCAGCAAGCUAUAGAUGAAUGCAUGAUAUAUACUGGAAAAGUUGAAGGCAUAGUGGAAAAAUCCUUAGGAGAGAGAAUUGUGAGAGAUAUGUGUAAAGACUUGGAAGGAAAGCGAUACCACAUAUACUUUGAUAAUUUUUUUACCAGUGUCUCACUUUUACAGAACCUAAAAGAUGACAGACUUUUUGCCUGUGGAACAAUUAGAUCACAGAGAAAAGGACUUCCUACGCUAAAAACAGACAAAGAGUUGCAAAGAGGAGAGUUUGACUGGUCAGUUUCUUCUGGUGGCAUUGCCUGCAUCAAAUGGAAAGACAAAUGUGUAGUCAUGUUGCUGUCUACAAUUGAUUCGCCUGUAUGUGUUGAAGAAGUCAGCCGUAAAGAAAAAAAUGGAAAAAUCAUAAAGGUACCUUGCCCAAAAAUAGUGAAAUCAUAUAAUGCAAAUAUGGGAUGUGCCGAUAAGGCAGAUAUGAUAAACAGUUUUUAUGCAAUAGAUAGGAAAUCACGAAAGUGGUGGCUAAGAUUGUUUUGGUAUAUAGUUGAUAUCUUUAUUGGAAAUGAAUUUAUUCUGUUUCGAUUAUGUAAUCCAACAGCGAAGUAA